AUGGACAAAGCUGAGACUUCGUCAACACGACGCCUGAGAUGCACUAUUAUCGGAGCAGGGGUUUCGGGCAUUUUGAUGGCCUGCAAAAUUCGGAUGCAUUUGGGGCCAUUCGUAGACUUUCAGCUGUUGGAGAAAAACUGCGAGCUAGGUGGUACAUGGGAAGAGAAUCGUUAUCCAGGCUGCGCAUGUGAUGUGCCUAGUCACUGCUACCAGUUUUCUUUUGCGCCAAAUCCUGACUGGUCUAGGCUAUAUGCAUCCUCAUUUGAAAUUAAGAACUAUUUGAAAGCAGUAGCCAAGCGGUUCAGCCUUGAUGAGCACAUCAGAUAUAGCUGCAAGGUAGUUUCGGCAAGCUGGUCUGAAUCCACAUCCAAUUGGACGGUUACAACAGAUCAUGGAGAUACCAUCGUAUCUGAAAUCCUCGUCAACGCCGGUGGCAUCCUGAACAACCUGCAGAUGCCAAAAAUAGACGGUUUAGAUACCUUCGCUGGUCCGAUUCUUCACACCGCGGCCUGGGACUCAUCUGUCGACCUCGAAGGCAAGACUGUUGCGAUUAUCGGAUCUGGCGCGAGUUCUAUUCAAGUACUUCCACAGCUUCAAGUGAAAUGCGAACACAUCAAUGUUUACAUUCAGGAAGAAAAAGAACUUUUUAGAAAGGACGAAAACAACUACAUCACCUUGCGAAAAGAAAUAGAAUCUCAGUUUAAUGGAAUGUUUGGGGCGUUUUUCAAACUAAACCCAGAACAGCAGGAUAUGCGGAAUCGUUUCGAGGCUCGGAUGCGGUCCAUCAUAAAGGAUGAGGAGCUACAGCGUCAUCUCAUCCCUCCAUUUGAGGCUGGAUGUCGUCGAAUAAACCCUGGAGAACAAUUUCUAGUUUCUAUUCAGGAGCCUAAUGUUCAGCCUGUGUUUGACUCCAUCGAGAAGGUCACGCCCAGAGGAAUUGUUGCAGGAGGCAUUGAGUACCCUGCCGACGUUAUCGUCGCUGCAACUGGAUUCAACACAAGCUUCAGGCCGAGAUUCCCCAUUAUCGGCCGAAAAGGUAUCAACUUACAAGACCUUUGGGGGAAAGAUCCGAUCUCGUACUGCGGAACAGGGGUAUCUGGCUUUCCAAAUUAUCUCAUCUACUUGGGUCCAAAUACACCAAUUUCUAAUGGUAGUCUGAUGGGACCACUAGAGGCAACUAGCGACUACUUCAUUCGACUGCUUCAGAGAAUGAUCCGACAUCGAGCCUUAUCAUUUGAUGUCCUUCAAGGCGCACAAGACGACUUCGACAACCACACCAGAGAAUUUAUGAAAGGAAUGGUGUGGACUGGCACUUGUCGCAGCUGGUUCAAACGACAAAAUGACGGCAAAGUGACGGCAUUAUGGCCGGGCAGCUCAUUGCACUAUAUGCAGUGCCUUGCCGAAGACAGAUGGGAGGAUUAUGAGUGGAGAUACGACAAAGAGCGCUUCACCUACUGGAACAAGGGCUUUUCUUGGAUCGAGAGACCCGAGAUGGAUCAAAUAGGGUUGCAAGUGCAGGCAUCAAAGGAAACCAUGACCACGCUGCCAGCAUCGACCUCAGAUUUAGCCUACUAUAUCUGCAAGGCAACAAAUCUCUCGAGAUCAGAGAUGGGGUUAAAUGCAAAGAAUAAUACUGAUAUGUUUGGAGACGCCAAACCAACGCCAGACAAUGAGCUGGAGGAGUAUGACAAUCUUCCAAGGGAUAAUGAUAUUGCCGCAUCUGCGGACCGGUUUUGUAUCACAGUACCAGUUUAG